AUGGUCAAAGUGAAGCAUUACUUUACCAUGUCUUGUGAAGAUUGGACCAAAUACCUUCAACAGGAAUUCAUUCAGGAAGGAGAUCCCGAAUUCAUCACCGAAACUUAUCAAGACACGUUGGAUCAAUCUUAUAUGACUGCAAAUGUUUGGAUGAAAGUUGUUGAAAUUGAAGACAAACCAACAUCCAUUUCCCUCCAACACUCUACACUACUUUCCAUCCAUAAUGAAAGUAUUUCCUUUCUCACAAUUACAUGCAAAGAACAACAAAUUUCUUCGGAAAACAUGUUGUUGUUUUUCUUUGCCAAGUCAUUUCUAACUCAGAUUUGCAACAAGUCCAUUGAAAUCAAAUGUGGAAGAAUAAGAUACCGUUCUAAAAAUUGUGAAGAAGUCAAACUGACCUGUGAUCAAGUGGUGUUUAGUAAGGAUGAACGUGAGCUUCCAAUGGCUAUUUUUUCACUACAUGGAGAAGUUCCAAGGUCAAAGCUUUGUGAGUUGUUCCAACAUAGUAUUCCAACUCAGAUUAAGAUCGAAUCAAACCAUGUAGAAGUAAAAUCAUAG